AUGAAGGACGCCGAUGCCGGUUCCGAUGCGGACGCGGACGCAGACGCGGACGGCGAAGAGGAUGAGAGCGUUGCUGUCGCGACAGGAGCCAGCACACAGACCGGUGCGCGAGACCAAGACGAGGCCAAUGCAGAUGCCGACGGGGACGAGGACGGCGAUGAGGAUGCGGAAGGCGAGCCCGAAGACGACGAUGACGGUGGAUACAACUCGUCCCGGGACAUGCUGAUGAUCAUCGAGAACACGGCCAACUACCUGUCCACGUACCGUGAGCCAAAUCGCAACAGCGGAGAGCAAAUUGCUACAGGAUUCCAGCGCAUUCCGAAUCGACGCCUCAUCCCCGACUACUACGAUGUCAUUCAAGAGCCCAUUGCAUUCAGCACAAUUCGAACCAAGAGAUCCAAGAAGGAAUACACCAAGUUCUCAGAAUUCGUCCGAGAUGUAGCGCUCAUCGCCCACAAUGCGCAAGUCUACAACAGGCCGUCAUCGUCAUUCUUCCAGUACGCAGGACGGCUGCGCGAGGUCUUCAAGGAGGAGCUCAAGAAAAUGGUGGAUGAGGGGACGAUCACAGCUGAAGAGGCUGUCUUGCCGGACUUGGGCGAGAUACCCGACACUGAAGAUUCGCCACCCCCCGACGACGAGGCCGACGAGGAAGGGGAGGAUGCAGAAGAGGAAGAUGAGGAAGACGACGAUUCCGACAACGAUGAGCAACAAGGCCGGACAAGGCGCGACAGCCGUGGGCGCAGGGUCGACGUGAAGGAAGAGGAAGACGCAAAGAAGCGUGCCCGCCCUCCCAAGGUCUUUACGCCUCUCGAGGCCAGGAUCCACUCGCUACUCAAAGGCUUAAGGAGAUACAAGGACUCGGACGGAGAGUUGCUGAUUAACCCCUUCGAAAAGCUGCCGGACAGGACGGCACACCCAGAUUACUACACCGUCAUCCAGAACCCCAUCUCUUUGCACGAGAUCAAAAGAAGUCAUAAGCGAAAGAAGUACGCGAGCGUUGACGACGCCCUCCGGGAUCUUGAGCUCAUGUUCGAAAACGCCAAGGAGUACAAUGAGGAAGGAAGCGACAUCUACGAGGCGGCGGCAGAGCUUCAGCGUCACUCUCGGGAGAUUGCCGAGCAAGAAAAGUCCAAGCCGGACAAUGCCUUUGCCGACGAAGACGGAAGGCGGCCUGUGUCCGAGAUAGCACACAAUGGCGACAUAUGGCGAGUUGGCGACUGGGUGCACAUCACCAACCCUAACGACUUGACCAAACCCAUUGUAGCUCAAAUCUACCGGACAUGGGAGGACAAGGCCGGGCAGAAGUGGGUCAACGCCUGCUGGUACUAUAGGCCGGAGCAGACAGUCCACCGCGCCGAGAAGCACUUUUACGAGAGCGAAGUGGUCAAAACGGGCCAGUACCGUGACCACCGUAUCCAGGAGGUCAUUGAUCGCUGCUUUGUCAUGUUUGUCACUCGCUUCCCCAAGGGACGACCUCGGGGACUGCCCAAGGACAAGUCAGUCUAUGUCUGCGAGGCUCGGUACAACGAGGAGAGGCAUCGGUUUGCCAAGAUCAAGACUUGGGCAAGCUGCAUUCCGGACGAGGUGAGGGAGAAGGACUACCAGAUGGACCUCUUUGACCAGCCGCGGCGGCUCAAGAAGCUGCCCAGCCCGAUCAAGCAUCUCCUGCGGGAUGAUGCGAAACCCACAGAUCCCAUGCCCAAGCCAACCUGGGGAGCGGCCAAUGCGCCGCCCUUGAUUGGAGCCGUGCAUUGCCGGGAGCGGGAGUCCAACGAGUCACCGCCGCCUGAGCCUACGCCGCCACCGCAGCCGCGGAUGGAUACCUCGAGACGGCCCAGCGCCAUGAUGGCGGGUGCCCGACUCGACCACCAAGGCGAUGUUGCCAUGGGUAAUGCCCAGCACUAUCAAUCACAUCUCGGCCAUGCCCCGCCGACUCCAACACCAGGCCACAUGACCAACUCGUUUGCGCCUCAGUUUGCGCCAGCACGGCCGGCCAACACGCCUGUGCCUGUUUCGCAGUACAACGCCCACCAGAGCCCGGCGAUGCACAAUGCCCACCCGCACGGCACACCACAGGCACCUCACUUCCAGCCGCACCAGGCGCAGCACUACAAUGGAUACCAGCAACCACAGCAGUACAGCAACUCGCCAGUGCCCCCACCCCAGAUUCCCCAGUACGCGCAGCAGCCGCAGCACUACCCGCCGCAGCAGAACAUGGGCACGCCCGUGGGAGGCUACGACACGUCACAGCGCCUCGCGCCAUCACCGUCAGCCCGGAGCAGCUCGAUGGUCCAGAGCCCAGCCCCCAUCAUACACCACCAGCAGCCACAGCCGGGAUACACCGCGCCCCGGGCCAUCGAGGUGUACCACCUCGCGGACGAACACGACGCCCAGAUCCCCGAGGCCGUCCGCUCCCAGCUCCAGCGCGACGAGGCCGGCCGCGUCAUCUUCUUCACCCAGCCUCCCCUGCUGCGGCCCCACGCGGGGCUCUCGGCCGAGUCGGCCGCCCUGGGCCACAGCGCGCGGUACCUUGCGGACCGGGCGCGCGAGGUCGAGGACCGCCGGGCCAAGCGGAAGGCCCGCGAUGAGCUGCGCAGCAAGGGGGAGGACGCCAAGCGCGCCGAGUCGGAGGCCCGCGAGGCCCAGAGGCAGAAGGAGCAGGACCUGAUUGACCUGGCGGGGGACAUGUUCAAGGGCUGGGUCGACACGAUGGACAGGGAGAACGAGGUGCUCAAGCGCGCGUACGAAGGGUGGAGCGUGCGGGACGAGGUCAUUAAUGGGGUGAUCUCUACCCCUGCUGCUGCUACUAUUACUGCUACUGCGAAGCGCUGA